GGGUCACGUGAUCCCCUUCAAAGAUGGCCGCCCUGUUGUUUUGAUGAAUAAUACUUGGUGGGGCGAGGGGUAAGAGUAGGGGUGGAGGGGUAGGAGGAUUUACGCUUCCAACGAGAGCAUCGCGAGUCCCAUCCUCCCCCUCCCCCCGGCCCGGGUUCCAGCGUGGAGGAGGGGCGUGUCCGGCCUGCUUUUAGAGGGGAGGGGCUUCUCCAUACAGCGCAGGGCCCCGCCACGGCGGUGAGGGGUCGUCUUGCUUCGGGGCAUCCACUCUGCGGUGGGGUCGUUCCCGCCGGAGGCCGAGGGUGGGAAGGAGAGAGCAGGAUCCGCUGGAGCAGACGCAGCUGCCGCGCCGCCACACGCAGGCUGUGGGCACGAGAGGAGCUGGAGACCGCGCUGCCCCUCCGGGUAACCUGGGCGGCGAGGGCAGCGAGUGGCGCCUUCAGCUCACCCUGUCGCAGCGGCGGGCAGCGGCGGCUGCCGGGGGCUCGGGCAGCUGGGGGAGUCUCAGAGGCGACGGAAGCCACCCGGUCAAGGCAGUUCAGUGCCUCGUGUUCUCAUUUUUUAACCUCUGACUAUGCAAUUCUGAAACCUCCCCCAUUCGGGGGACCAGACAGCCUGCUAGACACCUUCCGCUCGCCUUGCUCCCGCCCUGGUCUCGAGAACCGAAGGACCUCUCCUAACGCCUGUCACCAUUAAGAGGAAAGCGAUGGAGGAGCUGAGCGCUGAUGAGAUUCGCCGGAGGCGCCUGGCACGACUCGCUGGUGGACAGACCUCGCAGCCCACCACGCCGCUUACCUCGCCCCAGAGGGAGAACCCUCCGGGGGCCCCGAUCGCAGCAUCAGCCCCAGGCCCCUCGCAGAGUCUCGGCCUCAAUGUCCACAACAUGACCCCAGCUACCUCCCCGAUAGGCGCGGCAGGAGUCGCGCAUCGGAGCCAGAGCAGUGAGGGCGUCAGCUCUCUGAGCAGCUCGCCCUCCAACAGCCUAGAGACGCAGUCUCAGUCCCUGUCGCGCUCCCAGAGCAUGGAUAUCGAUGGCGUCUCCUGUGAGAAAAGCAUGUCCCAGGUGGAUGUGGACUCGGGAAUCGAAAACAUGGAGGUUGACGAGAACGACCGACGAGAGAAGAGGAGCCUUGGUGACAAGAGACUGACCCGGGUCCUCUUCUGCCAGGAGCCUGCCUCGGGCCCUGAAGUGUCCGAAGAGCAGGCCUUGCAGCUGGUCUGUAAGAUCUUCCGUGUCUCGUGGAAGGACCGGGACAGAGACGUCAUCUUCCUUUCUUCUCUCUCUGCACAGUUCAAGCAGAACCCAAAAGAAGUGUUCUCUGAUUUUAAGGACUUGAUUGGCCAGAUCUUAAUGGAAGUGCUCAUGAUGUCUACCCAGACUAGAGACGAAAACCCGUUCGCCAGUCUCACCGCCACGUCCCAGCCCAUCGCGGCGGCGGCUCGGUCGCUGGACCGAAAUCUCAUGCUGAAUACCGGCUCCAACCCUGGAAGCAGCCCCAUGUUCUGCGGCUUGGGCUCCUUCGGCGCCGGCUCCUUGUCUAGCCUCUAUGACACUAGCCCGGCCCCCGCCGCUGGUCCCUGGGGCUCGGGGCCAGUGGCAGGUCCGUCCUUUGCAUCCCCUUCCCGCUUGUCCCUCAGCCCUCAUGCGGCAGCUUCUGGAUCUGCAGCAGGAAGCCAGCCCUCAUCCCUGUCCCUAUCCCUGUCCCCGCGCUACCGGCCCUACACUGUCACGCACCCAGGGCCGUCUCCACCUUGCGCCAUCCUGCAGCCCAUCCCCUCUAGCUCUCCCAGCCUCCCUGCCCUCGUGGGGAGCCCCCCAGCUGGCACCUCAAGACUGAGGCCGCCGAGUGCGGGCCCAGCUGUCCCGCCCGCCUCGCCCAGUGUCGCCAGCAGACGUCCCUCCUCCCUGCGGAUGUCUCCUAGCAUGUACGACACUCCCUUCUCCUUCCUCUUCCUCGCGCUUUCUGGGGACAGUAGCGAUGAAGAAAACGAAGAAGAUGAUGGUGGUGAUGGUGAUGAUGAAGGUGGUAGUGGUGGUGAUGAUUUUUCUUGUGUCCAGUUUGGGUCCAGUUUGGGAGCCUCUGGUGGCGGAGCGAGUAACUGGGAUUCCUACAGUGACCAUUUCACCAUUGAAACCUGCAAGGAGACAGACAUGCUGAACUACCUCAUUGAGUGUUUUGACCGAGUUGGAAUAGAGGAAAAAAAAGCACCAAAGAUGUGCAGCCAGCCAGCGGUCAGCCAGCUUCUGAGCAACAUCCGCUCGCAGUGCAUCUCCCACACUGCGCUAGUGCUGCAGGGCUCACUGACACAGCCGAGGUCCAUGCAGCAGCCAUCCUUCCUCGUGCCCUACAUGCUGUGCAGGAAUCUCCCCUACGGCUUCAUCCAGGAGCUGGUGAGGACGACUCACCAGGACGAGGACGUCUUCAAGCAGAUCUUUAUCCCCAUUUUGCAAGGCCUGGCUCUUGCUGCCAAAGAAUGCUCCCUCGAUAGUGACUACUUUAAAUACCCCCUCAUGGCAUUAGGUGAACUCUGUGAAACCAAGUUUGGGAAGACGCACCCCGUGUGCAAUCUGGUUGCCUCUCUGCCCUUGUGGUUGCCAAAACCCUUAAGCCCCGGCUCGGGGCGGGAGCUGCAGAGACUGUCGUACCUGGGAGCCUUCUUCAGCUUCUCCGUCUUUGCCGAAGACGACAUUAAAGUGGUUGAAAAAUACUUCUCGGGGCCCGCCAUUACCCUGGAGAACACGCGCGUGGUCAGCCAGUCCCUGCAGCACUACUUGGAGCUGGGAAGGCAAGAGCUCUUCAAGAUUCUGCAUAGUAUCUUGUUAAACGGGGAGACCCGGGAGGCAGCCCUCGGCUACAUGGCAGCUGUCGUCAACGCCAACAUGAAGAAGGCGCAGAUGCAGACAGACGAUCGAUUGGUAUCUACAGAUGGAUUUAUGCUGAAUUUCCUCUGGGUACUGCAGCAGCUAAGUACGAAGAUCAAGUUAGAAACCGUCGACCCCACGUACAUAUUCCACCCCCGCUGUCGGAUCACGCUCCCCAACGACGAGACGCGCGUGAACGCCACCAUGGAGGAUGUGAACGAGUGGCUGGCCGAGCUCUAUGGCGAUCAGCCGCCGUUCUCAGAGCCCAAGUUCCCCACGGAGUGCUUCUUCCUCACGCUGCACGCACACCACCUCUCCAUCCUGCCCAGCUGCCGCCGCUACAUCCGCAGGCUCCGCGCCAUCCGGGAGCUCAACAGAACUGUGGAAGAUUUGAAAAAUAAUGAAAGCCAGUGGAAAGACUCCCCGCUGGCAACCAGACACCGCGAGAUGCUGAAGCGCUGUAAAACGCAGCUUAAGAAACUGGUACGGUGCAAGGCCUGUGCUGACGCUGGCUUACUUGACGAGAGCUUCCUGAGAAGAUGUCUGAAUUUUUAUGGCCUUCUCAUUCAGCUGCUGCUCCGCAUCCUGGACCCUGCAUAUCCCGACGUAACACUGCCUUUAAGUUCAGAUGUCCCCAAGGUAUUUGCAGCAUUGCCGGAGUUUUAUGUAGAAGAUGUUGCUGAAUUUUUAUUUUUUAUUGUACAAUACUCGCCCCAGGUGCUCUAUGAGCCCUGUACUCAGGAUAUCGUGAUGUUCCUCGUCGUGAUGCUGUGCAACCAGAGCUACAUCCGGAACCCGUACCUCGUGGCCAAGCUCGUAGAAGUCAUGUUCAUGACCAACCCCGCCGUUCAGCCGCGCACCCAGAAGUUUUUCGAGAUGAUCGAGAACCACCCUCUGUCCACCAAAUUGCUGGUACCGUCCCUGAUGAAGUUCUACACAGAUGUUGAGCAUACUGGAGCCACCAGCGAGUUCUAUGACAAGUUCACCAUUCGCUACCACAUCAGCACCAUCUUUAAAAGCCUUUGGCAGAACAUAGCUCACCACGGCACCUUCAUGGAGGAGUUCAAUUCUGGGAAGCAGUUCGUUCGCUACAUAAACAUGUUGAUCAAUGACACGACGUUCUUGCUCGAUGAAAGCCUGGAGUCGCUGAAGCGGAUCCACGAGGUGCAGGAAGAGAUGAAGAACAAAGAACAGUGGGACCAGCUGCCGCGGGAUCAGCAGCAGGCCCGGCAGUCCCAGCUGGCUCAGGAUGAGCGCGUCUCCCGCUCGUACCUCGCCCUGGCGACGGAAACCGUGGACAUGUUCCACAUCCUCACCAAGCAGGUGCAGAAGCCGUUCCUCAGACCGGAACUCGGCCCCCGCCUGGCUGCGAUGCUGAACUUCAACCUUCAGCAGCUCUGCGGCCCCAAGUGCCGUGACCUGAAAGUAGAAAACCCCGAGAAGUACGGCUUUGAGCCAAAGAAGCUGUUGGACCAGCUGACGGACAUUUACCUGCAGCUAGACUGCGCGCGCUUCGCCAAAGCCAUCGCCGACGACCAGAGAUCCUACAGCAAGGAGCUGUUCGAAGAAGUCAUUUCAAAGAUGCGGAAAGCAGGGAUCAAGUCCACCAUAGCGAUAGAGAAGUUUAAACUCCUUGCCGAGAAGGUGGAGGAGAUCGUGGCCAAGAACGCGCGCGCGGAGAUCGACUACAGCGACGCCCCAGACGAGUUCCGAGACCCCCUGAUGGACACACUGAUGACUGAUCCUGUGCGCCUGCCCUCCGGCACCAUCAUGGACCGCUCCAUCAUCCUGCGGCACCUGCUGAACUCACCCACCGACCCGUUCAACCGGCAGACACUGACCGAGAGCAUGCUGGAGCCAGUGCCAGAACUGAAAGAACAGAUCCAGGCAUGGAUGCGAGAGAAACAGAACAGCGAUCAUUAACUGUCCCCUCCGCCACCGUCUGCUGGAAGCAGCCGAGGACAGCGGGACAGGCAGGAGCAGCCCCUGUGCUGAGCAAAACCGCUGCUGUGUUAGGGGCCGGGUGUGGCCCCGUCCCUGCGAGCCCAUCCCAAGCGACCAAACUGCAGAGACGCGCAGGGCCCCGGAUGGGAAGAGGAGCCCAAUUCCUGUACAUAUAUUUAAGUGACACCCAGUCGGGAGCUUGAGGGACAGGCUUGAUGAAUGCUUGCGUAAUGAAGCGCGUCCUUCACAUGUCGCAGUUGGGGCUUUUGCGACGAGAGCGUUCAGUGAUGACAGAUGGUCCGGGCAGCGUCCCUUUCAUUUUUUUUUUUUUUAUCCAGUAUCCGUUGAUUUGAUUGUGAUUCGCGAACUUGGACAUUUUGCUGCUAAAGAAUCUCCCCUUUCCUCCCCCUUCCUGACCCUACUUGCACUGCUGUGGAUUUUUUUUUUUUUAAGAAGCAAAAACAAAAAACAAACUCCUUUCCCCAGCCCUCCAAACAUAUAUUCUGUGAAAUAACUGUGCCUGCAACAAAGUGUUAAUCCUGGGAUCGUAUUUUUAUAUCAUAUUCACAUAUUUGUUUUUUUAAUGGGUGUUAGAUGACAUGAUUAAUAAAAAAGGCAAGAUAUUUUCAGAAUUUGAAUUUGUUUUUUUUUUCCUUUUGAAAUGUCCCCUUUAAAUUUUUUUAUGAUAAAGCAAAAUGAAGAGACUCCUGUCGCUCUGGCCCUUAGAAGAAGCCCCGUUAGGACUCGAAGGGACAGAUAGUGCAGCAGAGGGGCUCGUGCAGUGCGGGGCUGCAGGAUUUUUGAAGGGGGAUGAGGGUUGGUUUCCUUCUUUCUUUUUUUGAUACUAUCUGUGGGUUCGAGACCUUCGCCCUUACCCUACGAGGGCAGGUGGUCAGCCCUUGAGCUUGAGUCUGGGGUCGGAGGCGGGGGCUCGGCCUUACCAAAGCAGAACAGAGUGCAAGAAAGGCGGCCGGGUGUCUGCUGCCUGCAGCCCCCGCAGCCCACACACACGCUUUGUGUUACCACUCCCUUCGCGACAUACUUGAAUUCUAGUUUCUUUUGGGGUAAAAAGGGUUUGAAACCAUGAAGUGUUUGGAAGAAAUUAAGUCUAAAAUACAUACUUUCUUUGCUCUCCCCGCCCCUCCACAGACAAUGUCCUCUGUUCGAUUCCUAACGCAAGCAACAAUAAACGGUGAUAUACAGCAAGAAGGAA